AUGGCCCCGCCAGGCCCAUGCUCCCACCCGCGUCUCUUGGACUCUCCUUCGACCUCCAUCCCCUCCCCCGAGCUGUCCUCAACGCCUGCCGCGUCCUCCACCACUCCUCGUCAGCUCGACGACGACGACGCAGGCAAACCCGGUAUCCCCUGUCAACGGCCCUCGAGCGUCACCAUGAGUGAAUUCCUAUCGCUCUCCGUCCUCCAGCUGCUCUCUGUCUUUUCCUUCCUCACUUCUGUCCUCGCCGUCGUCUGCGUUGGAUCUGGCUCCCUCCACAAGCUCAGGCUUGAAUCUGGGGUCGACUCAGCCCCGGCCUCGGAAAUGAGCCUCGCCGCUGGAAAGCACCAUCCCUGGAGCUGGGGCGGCCUGCCCGUCUCCUUCUCGAUAAACUCCCUCAUCGGCGACGACGAGGUGGAGGAACACACCGAUGGCUAUGUUGGAGGCACAGAGCUCGCCCGGAUGGAUUGGCAGGUCGAACGCCCACGCAUAGUCGCACAAACGUUUGAUUCACGAGGACCCAUGUCUAUGGCCAAGCUCAUCAUGUCGCGCCACGUCAGUACUCUCUUUGCUGUCUCGUGA